CAAAGAUACUGCUAUAGCGGCACCCACUGGUAUAGCAGCGUUUAACAUUGAUGGUUUGACAGCACAUAGAUUGUUUCAAUUACCAGUUGAACAUGGUAAUAUUCCUAAGUACAAACCAUUAGCUGAUCACGUUUUAAAAGUUUUACGAGCAGAUCUCAAAGAUGUUGUUCUUUUUAUAAUUGAUGAAGUAUCAAUGAUAUCUAAUUUAACUUUAUUGUAUAUACAUCUACGAUUAUCUGAAAUAUUCAAUACUAUCGAUUGUGAUGAUGGUUGGUUUGGUCAAAAACAUAUUCUUUUAUUUGGAGACUUGCUUCAAUUACCUCCUGUACAUGAAGAUCCUGCCUUUGUAUGUUUAUCGAAUAAAAAAAUUCAAAAAUUUCUUGGUUCCUUACAUACUGUUAAUCUAUGGACUACUUUAUUUGACUAUGACGAAUUGACGAUUAAUAUGCGCCAGCAAGGAGACGAAUUUUAUCGUGAAUUACUCUCGAGAAUUCGUAUUGGUUUAGUAACAAAAUCUGAUUCUGACAUUCUCAAAAAAAGAAAAAUAUCCUUAAAAAAUGAGUCUCAAGAAGCAAGAUUAAAUGAAAUAUGUAAUUUUAUAGAUAAUUUACCUUCUGAUACUGUUUGUUUACUGCCUACUUGUAAUAUGUGUGAUGUUCUCAAUACUGCAAUGUUAAAUCGUAUUUCUUCAAAAGAAAUAUUAUUAAUUGCUGAAGAUGAGAUUGAAUGUAUUCCAUAUAUCAAAAAAAGAGUAUCAAAAAUAUUAACGGAUAAUGAUGAUAAUAAUAGUAGAACAGCUGGACUUUCAAAACAAAUUUCAGUUAAAAUUGGAGCAAAAGUUAUGAUAAGACGCAAUAUUGAUGCCAGUUUGGGUCUUGUUAAUGGCACAAUUGCUACAGUUAUUUCAAUUGUGCAGGAUACUAAUUAUGUAGAAAAAAUUAAACUUCUUUUAUCAUCUGGUUUAGAAUAUUUUAUUGAAAGAGUAAGUGUCAAGUUUCAAGUGAUGGAUAAAGCAUUUGUUAUUAGAAAACAAUUUCCUUUAUCUUUGAGUUAUGCUAUCACCGUUCAUAAAAAUCAAGGAUUAACCAUGAAGAACGUUGUUAUGGAUAUAGGUAAUUCUGUAUUUAGUUGCGGUCAAAUUUAUGUUACAUUAUCUCGAGUAACAUCUUUAGAUGGAUUGUAUUUGAUUAAUUAUGAUCCUUCAUCUAUAAUAGCUAGUGAAGAAGCAAUUAUUGAAUAUAAUCGGCUAAAACGACUACAUAAACCAGAAGCACAAAUUAUUGCUAUUUCAAAAGAGCGUUAUCGUAAAGUUAAAGAUGUGCUAUGGGAACUCUACGGCAAUGUUAGUGCGGAGGCGGAGGCCCUAUCGAUAGCGGUCACACAUGACGGCAUGACGGCUGUGACGCGCAUGGCGCAAAUUAUGCAAGAAAGAUGA